AGAAUUACAAUGGACUUACAGUGACUAUAAAUAAGUAUGGAUAAUUACAAUGUAAUCAAAUUUAAAUCUUGGUAAAGCCCAGCGUAAGGCACCGUAAGGGGUGUGCUCUGGGCAGACCGACAAUCAAAUUGCAUUACAUAUGACAUGACGUGAGUUACACAUAACAUAAUUUAAGUUUUCUGCAGCAAAAUGCGUUAAGAAAUUAAAUCAGAAAAACAAACUAGCCGCGGUUCUAUUCUGCCAAAUGCAUACUGUAUGCUUCAAUGUCGAAAUAUUAACCUCCGCAUUUAAGCAAAAUCAAUAAGUCAAGAAUAAAAUAUAUUCUGGAAAGGACUGAUUGCAAAAAUAAGAUUCCAUAAAUGGAAGUACGUAUGCAUAGCCUGAGGCAACUGAGAAAAUCGAUGCGGUGUCUUUAUGGUUUUCUUAUAAUGUAGUUUGAGCGACUAUGGACGCAAACUCAGUAUUCCGUAAAUGAUGGCACGAAAGUUGUAGGCUGUUCAUCAGCGAAGAACGGUUGUCGGGAUCUACACUUCCGUAAACGCGCAGUUGCUUCAGUAUCAAUAAUUGUUGAACAACUUCUUCUGUCGGUUUACUGAAGGUACCAUUAAGUAUUUAAUACGCAACAUAGCAUGUAUGCGUAGAUGAAAAGAAAAAAAACUAGGCAUUAAAUCGCUACCCAGAGUAAACCUGUUUUUUUCCAGCGAAAAAAGAGAAGAUAUCGGGCAUGAUGGGGAAACUUGCUCUACUGACUGUUAUUCUUGACGUUUAUGCACAGAUAAAAGCUCUUCCCCCAGAAUGUGAUCCUUAUAUUAUUCUUCUCAAAGAAGAGGAAAGCUGUCAUAAGGCGUUGUGGAAACACAACACAUCAAUCUCUGUCGAUUUCCAAACAGGAUGCAAAGGGAUGUGGGACCAUCUUAACUGUUGGCCCUAUGCAAACAUAGGGGAGACCAUAUCACAGCCCUGUCCAACAUUCCUCCACACCAAUGGGGAGGUUUUUAGGAACUGCACUGCCCAGGGCUGGACAGAACCCUACCCACCACAUGAGAUAGCCUGUGAAUAUGCCUUCAAUGAGAACUUCAACUUUCUUGGGGAAGUUCACAGCCAACUCUAUUUUUUCUAUGUGAAGACCAUGUACACAGUGGGCUAUGCCAUCUCUCUUAUGUCCCUGAGCCUUGCCAUAGUAAUACUUUGUGUGUUUAGGAAGCUACACUGUACGCGUAACUACAUUCACAUCCAGUUGUUCCUGUCCUUCAUCUUACGUGCAGCUUUCAUCUUUAUCAAGGACUCGGUCCUCUUUUCUAAAGAAGACUUUUACCACUGCAACUACUAUCCUGUAGGCUGCAAGCUUGUCUUGCUGUCAUCACACUACUGCAUCAUGGCCAACUAUAGCUGGUUGUUGGUAGAGGGUCACUACCUUCACACUCUAGUCUAUGUCUCAUUCUUCUCCAGGAGAUUGUACUUUUGGUUGUACAUGACCCUAGGCUGGGGGUCACCGGCAGUCAUUAUAGUUGCCUGGGGCUUGGCUAAAUACUUCUAUGAAGAUGAAGGAUGUUGGGAAACCAGGAAACACACCGGGAUCUGGUGGAUUCUCAGAGUCCCUGUCCUCCUGUUCAUCAUUAUUAAUUUGUUGUUUUUCAUUAGUAUUACAAGAACACUAGUAGGAAAACUCAGGACCCCAGAUGUGCGUGGGAAUGAGUACAAUCAGUAUAAAAAGCUUGCCAAGUCAACCUUCCUCCUUGUGUCCCUCUUUGGUUUGCAAUACAUUCUCUUUGCAUUCUUCCCUGAGAAAGUCAGCGACUUAACAUACAAGAUAUGGAACUUUGUGGAACUUGCCCUUGCAUCUACCCAGGGAUUUGUUGUAGCAAUUUUGUAUUGUUUUUUAAACGGAGAGGUGCAACACGAGUUCCAGAGGAAGUGGAGAAGAUGGAGGCUGAUGCAGUCACGCCAAGGAGGCAGGCAGUAUAAUUUUUCCCUUAGCCAAAGUGGUACCCCCCUUACACAAGUGUCUCUGCUAACUCGAGGUCCUGCUGCCAGUCAGUCCUAGUAUGAAGAAUACAACUUGUGGCAGCCUGAAAAGCCGUCACACAAAGUUCUAAAAACUGGUAGACACUGAAACAAUCUCCUUCUAUUGAUCUGUAUGCCAUUUUCCCAGAGCUGUUGUAUGAACUUAUAACCUAGUUCUUCAGAUUUUUUUUUUUAAAUCUGCUCUUUUCCUAUAUAAAUCUCCAUUCUAGUUUUAUAUUUUCAUAUCAAAGUGGCACAGUGGUACAGUUAGAGCACUUUUGCCUGAUACCUCGAGGUCUGGGAGAUUAGAUUCCACUUAUACUCUGUGUGUGUCUGUGUGAAGUUUGUAUAUUUUGCAAUACAAAUUAUAAGGAAGGCAAACCUUUUGAUUCCUGCACCACAUUAAAAAUGUCUUUUAUUACAUGUUUUUCAUGCAUGGUUCCCCAAUGACGGUCCAAACAAAUUAAGACUACAGCGUCCCUUACAACCUUCGAGAAUGCACCAGGAGACCUGUCUCUCCUGGCACCACUGCUCCUCACUAGCUCACUCUUUGUUGAUUGUUCUAUUGAAAUGGCAUCACUUGUCUCUUCCAAAUGCUCAGUUUUGUAUUUAGAAUUAGUUCCCAAUAGAUUGUCUCUUGAUAUUUAUUUGUAUUUUGCACUGGCCACUCAUUAGAAACUUAGUUUAGCAGCACUUGUGGCUCC